AUGGAAGAGCGUAAGGAAAGUUCACUGGAAGAUGUCGAAUUACAAGAGGAAGGCGUUGUGCAAGACGAAACUGUUCUUCCAGAAAGUACUGAUUCUCUACAAAAAGAGGGUGUAUCCGAGCCAACAGAGACACAAGGGAUUGUAAGUGGUAUCGACAACAAAGAAGUCAAGGCUGAAGCGAAUAGUUACUCGUUGGGUGCUGGGUUUGCCACUGUUGUGAAUUCCAUUAUUGGUACAGGUGUCUUUGGUAUACCUUUAGGUUUUUAUAGUGCGGGUAUACCUUUAUCCGGCAUUUCUUUAUUCAUCUUCUUUGUUCUCAAUGUGAUCACAAUGAAUUACUUGUUGGAAGGGAUGGCAAGGUCUGAAGGGAAAGAAGAACUGAAGGAGACUGGUGCUGAAAAUGACUUUGAAGUGACUCCAGUGAAUGAAAUCAAGUAUCGGCUGUUUGACAUAACUGCACUUGGGUAUCAAUGGGGUGGACAGCCUUUUAAGUGGUUUAAUUUUGCGUGUAUGGUGUUAUACAUCUAUGGUGGGUUAUGGGCUUAUGUUGCAACGGCCACAAGUACACUCUCCACUAUAUUCUGGAUGGUAUACGGAGAACCAGAUCGUUGUGUCGACAAAAGUGGCAAGUGGGAGUGUCAAUUGUCAUAUUAUACGUGUUUGAUACUCUACUCUGUUAUCGUUCUAUCUCUCAGUUUUGUUGAUUUGUCAAAACAAGGUAAACUUCAGAUGAUCUUGACGUUCUAUAGAUUUUUUACGUUUGGCAUUAUGUUGGUCACGUGUGUUGUACAAUUGAGUAUUGGAGGACCUAUUGGCACUGAUACCACUUUUCUCUACAAGUUCAAAUUUGUUGGAUUUGGGACCAUGUUUACACACACUGCAUUUGCACUAACUUGUCACCAUUUAAUUCCAGACGCAGUGACUCCUGUGAACAAUAAGAAGUUUGUCUUUUGGACGACAAGUGGAGCGAUGAUAGUGAGUGCUAUCUUUUACUUUUUGGUAGGGUUAAUCUGUUCUUGGACUUUUGGAGAGACUGUCGUGUCGCCAAUAACCAACAAAUGGUCUAAAUAUAACGGCCGUGAUGGUGGGUGGGGUUCUGGUUCAACUGCUUGGUAUGCCUAUCCAAUACAAUACAUGGUUCUCUUGUUUCCAGUUAUCAAUUUGUGUAACUCAUACCCAUUGAUGGCAACGGCGCUCUCCUCUAAUUUGCGCAAUUGUUUUACUAAGAAAUUUUCAACUGGUCAUCCUAAAUGGACAAAAGUAUUUUGCAAGCUUCUUGCAUUCGUUCCUGGUAUUUUAUUUGCCUGUGCAGUGGGGUCUCUACAAAUCAUAUUUGACAUUUCUGGAUUAUUAGCUCUUUUCCUUGCUUUUACCAUCCCCUCUCUCGUGGAAAUACUCUCAAUUUUCAAAGAUCGGAAGUUUUAUGGUAAAGGCAGUGAGAAGACACCAUAUUCUUUCAAGGUAUUUGGGAACUACUAUGUGUCUGCUGUGCUCUUUGUCCUGUCUUUCAUAUUUCUUGGGAUGUCGAUAUACUUCCUCAUUGCUGAGCAGAUUGAAAAGCACAAGUGA